AUGCCUUCCUGGCGACUCUGGAUGCAACUGGACUCGCUGGGCAUUGUCGUUGAGCAUGGUGUGCUGGCGCUUUCAUGCUCUCGUCCAGAGGCUCAACGACACUCUUCCGAUCUACCGCUACUCCGGAAGAACCUUGCAAGAGUAUCUCCAACACGUGGCCAACAACCGCUUCUCGCUCGUGCCCUCGCCGGUCUUUCGCUCUUGCACAUCCCGCAACGUGUCGACAACAGCGUCGAUCCCACCUACGUCGCACAGGUCCAUCGCUUCUUGGAUGGUGUCCAGACUCUGGUAUUCGAUAUUCUCCAUGCCAGCAUGGAGCUGGAGACUCUCGGACCAAUCUUUGUCCGAUCUCUCACAACUCUUCAUCUUCACACUUCGAGCUACUACGACAGUUACAUCACUGCGCGCGACUAUGCUCAGUUCAUUCCAUUGUGUCCACGUCUCGAGCGAUUUACCGUCUGGGCAGGCGCUAGGCCCGACGAACCCACCGCUGUCCUCAACGCGUUGAUCGAUGGCUUUCUCACGCCAUAUGACCGCGGCGGCGACAGCAACAACAUCCACCACGAUGGCCUCACUCGCAGACUGACCUCACUAUCGAUCAAGGAGCUCUCGAUGGCCGACCUUGUCCAGGGCUGCUCGCAACUCUUUGGAGCACUGGUCAACUUUGGCAACCUCGAGACACUCAAACUGGAGAUGUACGAGGCGCAAGAUAACCAUCUGCCAUCUGGCGACCUGGAUCCUUCUCAGCUCUUCACAUUGUUACUCGGCUAUCUUCAAGCACCGACCACCAAGAUCCACAGCCUCAACCUACACGUUGGUCACUUUGGUCCGGAGAAUCCGCUGCUGCCGUACCUCUUUGGUCCCUCUUGCAAGAUACAGCGCCUCUCCAUUCGCACAUUCGUGGCCAACGUUCCGCUACUGACUCGCCGCCUGCAACAGUUGAAGUUCCGAUGGACUGUGAGUGACGAAGAAUCCUACGUCAACCAAUUGACACCUGAGCAAAUGGACGACCUCUACGAUGGCAGGAGCAAUGGCGAUAGCCAGAUUUGCCGUGGCUUGCUCGACUCAGUCUCCUUUGUCCACCGUCUAGAGCUUAUGGUUUUGCGUUCUAUGUUUACCAGUUGUUGCGUGCUUGCAAGUCUGGUCAAGAGCUCAUCACAGCUGCCAAAACGUAUCUCUGUCAGACUCGGAGCAUCAGAAAUGUCUCGGUGGAUGAAGACACUCUCUGACGCCAUCCAACAGAACACCUCCCUACGCGCACUCUACAUAUCAGUUGUCCAGGACCACUCCGAGCUCCCUGACCUAUCUGCACUCCAGAGCAUCAUUGACCAUCACCCGACCAUAUUAAACAAGGACAAUUGUAUCAUUGUUGAA